AUGCCGGACGAAGACGACCUGCUGGUCAUUGCCUUUGGUGGCGACCUCGUUCUCGAUGUGUCGCAGGAAGAGGGCAGCCAGCAGUAUUCGUACCGUGUCGAUUCCAAGAUAUUGCAGCAGAACUCAAGAUACUUUGAAAACCUCUUGAGUGAACGUUUCAGUGAGGGCCAGAAACUCGCCGCAGCCCUUCAGGAUCUCAAGCUUGCGGGGCACGCGAGCCUCGGAGACACGCCUAUAGAAAACCUUCCUCGUAUAUCGAUCGUGAACGCCGGCCGUAUUGCCAUAUCCAAGGCAUCCUCGAUUCGAAACCUCAUUGCAGACUUCCUCCGUGCCAUUCAUGGCCUCGAUCUCGCAGUAUUCAACCCGCCAGUCGCCAACAUCGCCAACUUAGCCGUCGUCGCAGACCGAUUCGAUGCAGUAGAUUGUGUGGCAAAGUACGUGCAGCGGAAGAAGUUCAUGCAGUUGACGGAAGCAAAGGCCAAAGGACGGACGAGCCCGACUCUAACCGAAGAGCGAGCACGACAGAAGCUGUUGAUUGGUCUCCUCCUCGACCACCCACCGUGGGUGACUCGCUACUCGAAACACUUGAUCAUGCGCGACUCGGUGCAAUGGCAAGCAGAUGCCGAGGAGGAUCAUACAAAGGCGUUGUGGUGGGACAUACCGAAUGGCCUCGAAGACGAGAUGAUCCAGCGUAGGGAGUACAUUUUGGAGACCGUCAACUCUCUUCAGGCACACUUCCUUCGGAUAUACACGUCUGGGGAUCGACAGUGCAAGCUGGGCUACGAUACUUCUCUACAAUGUGAUUCAUUCCAACUGGGCGAGAUGAUUCGCUUCUUCACGAAGAUCGAUACGCUGCGCAUGCAAGGCAAGAUCUACGAUAACACCGAGCCAACAUACUACCAAGGAGACAUCGAGCGUCUGCUGUCAACGCUUCGGCAGAUCUCGAGCUACCAGGUCGAUAGCAACCAUGCGCAUUGCGGUCUUCGAGUGCGGCUUAUGCCUUUGCUGGACAUGCUGCAGGAACAUCUAAGUUUGAGUACCGGCAACUUGGACAUCGGCAUCUGCGGCGAUUGCUGGGCGCAGCACCGCUCUAAGUAUGCUUGGAGUCUGGCGAAGCGCCCUAUCCUCUGGACAAUACCACGACACCUACCAGUUACUCGCCCAGUCGCUACGGACGGCUCAGCUAAGAGGCAAUUGAACGGGCAUGCAGUAUGUCCAGGAAGACACCUGGCGGUGAGGGAUCUGUUCAUGGCCGCCGAGAGAAAUUGGACAGACGGUUUGCCGCUGCGGUAG